AUGACGGCCGAUACCAAGCAAGCUUCCGACAUGACCGACCUGAGUCUGACCAACACAAACUCCUCCGCUGCGGUGACCAAAGCACCCCGAAGGCAGUCCUUUUCCUCCUCGGGUUCUUCUAAUUCUGGAAGUUUCCUGAUGAAGUUCUUGCCCAGCAGAAGAAGACUGAGUGAAGAAGUCAAAAGGACUUCCAGUGUUUUGGACGAUUAUGCCAAUGUGCUCAGCAGAGACUCGAGCUUCUUGGCGAGCAACGGCGACACUGCGACUGUGGCCACCAAUAGCUCUGCCGCAACGUCUCUCAGUGAAUCGGUGCAUGCCUCGCUCUGCUCCUCAAGUACCACGACACCGCGCCCUUCCAUUGUCUCGCUGGCCACCAUUGGCUGCUUUCACCGACAAGAAGUUGGAUUGGGUUCCUUGUUGGGCAAAGGACGCUUCUCCAAGGUCUACGCGGUCACUUACAUUGAUCUUGGAGACCUCAGCGAUCACGGCAUCAUGGAGAGCACGGCAGAGAGCGAAGUCUAUGAUGCUUCGGAGAGCGCCCGAGCGGCCAUGUCCAAGAAUGCCCGUGAAGGCAAGUACGCCAUGAAGCGAUUGCGCAAGAAACUUCUCCGAAGACCCCGAGACUUUACCCGUGCCGCUGCCAACUUGGUCAUUGAAGCUCAGUACUUGAGCAAACUCGACCACCCCAACAUUCUCAAAUUGCGUGGAUCGGCGCUUGGUGGAGCCAGCAGUUUCCAGUCUGGACAGUACGACGGAUACUUUCUGAUCCUCGAUCGCGUCAAUGAGACGCUCCACGAACGGAUCCACAAGACCUACGCGGCCCGACGUGACCCCAAGGUCAUGGAUGUCCCGGCAGAGCCCGAGAAGGACCUCCUGUACCAAAAGGCGCACUAUGCGCUCCAGUUGGCAUCUGCUCUGUGCUACUUGCAUGACCGUCGCAUUGUGUUUCGCGACAUUGCUCCGGGCAACCUGGGUUUCACUCAAAGCCACUCCUUGCAACUGUUUGACUUUGGAAUGGCGCGUGAAUUGCCGCCAGCCUUGGGAUUGUCCAACGAGCUGUACCACAUGACGCAAAACACCGGAAGUCUGCCCUACAAAGCCAUUGAGGUCGCUACCAAUGGUCUUUACAACCUGAAGGCAGAUGUCUUCUCCUGGUCCAUUGUUGUUUGGGAACUCAUGAUGGAGCAAAUCCCAUUUGCUCACCUCGCUGGAAAGGCCAAGAAACCUUUUGCCAACCGGGACUUUGUCCAGGCUGUGUACAUUGAAGGCGAGCGUCCCUCCUUUGAAGUCGAAGCAGGCCGUACGUUGCAAGCGCCACCCCAGAACAUUCAAGAUCUGUUGUCCGAGUGCUGGCAAGCGGAUGUCUUCAAAAGACCUACCAUGGACGAUGUCUUUGGCCAGCUCCGAACCAUUCUGGAGACACUCCCUCAUUCCACAAAGAGCCGGGAACUGGCGGAUGCACUCCCUCCUGCACCCAAAGUUUCAGGUAUGGUUCUCGAUUCGCAAAAGGCUCGAAGAUCGUUUGCCGACCUAUCCGACCUUUCUAAUCGAUUGUGA